AAGCUGUUUUGACACAGCUGAGCUAAUGUGUCAGGGACAUCGAUCUAUGUCAUGUUACGUAUACCAGACAUUGCAGCUUCAAUAACAUGAGAACAAACGGUACGAAUGUGUCAAAAAAGCUCUGCUGGUUAUGUUUAAAGUGCGUUUAUGUUGUAAACCUGCUAAAAAUAGCUGUUUUUUAUGUCCGUCUCAAUCACCUGUUUUCUGACAUUAGCUGUAUAGCUAGCUCUGUGUCAAACGAGACAGUGCUGUCUAACAGUCAGCUAACAUUCAUGGCACAGUUGAAAAUGUGUUUUUUAAUGAGUUAUGUCUUCCAUUGCCGUAGCACAAGAAUAGCGUAGGAGAGUGGUAAGAAGAUAUUUUUUUUGCAGUGAACAUUUCACUCUCCGGUUGCUGUUGAUAUUUAGCCGCUCGUCCAUGGAGUCGUUGUUCGAGAGCCGCUCGGAGCUGAUUGCUCGCGAACGCAGUGGACACACGGCAGUGGUAGAGGGGAACCUUCUGUACGUGUGGGGAGGCUACAUGUCAGUUGAUGAUGAUGAAGUCUUCCUCCCCAACGAUGAAUUCUGGGUAUAUGACCUAGAACAAGGCAUAUGGCAAAAGUUCCACAUGACGGGCGAAGUCCCACCCUCCAUGUCGGGGGCCUGUGGUUGCUCCCUGAAUGGUCACAUGUACAUAUUUGGAGGUUGCGAUGACAACGGGCAGACCAAUCAAAUCUAUCGGGUCAACCUGACAGGCGGUGAAUACAAAUGGAUGAAUGUUGAGCACCGAAUCGGUUGUUCUCCAUCACCUCGAGACAAACUAUCCUGCUGGCUUCAUAAAGGAAGAAUCAUUUACUUUGGAGGAUAUGGUCACAAACUUCUGGCAGAGGUCGACAGAAGAAACGGAAGCUUCAUUGUGGAUGAUUUAUCAGAGGACAUGCUGUGGGGAUGGAACAACGAGGUGCACAUAUUUGAUCCCAGACAGUCCAGUUGGAGUCAAGCUCAAACACACGGCCAUGCUCCCGCCCCCAGAGCGGCCCAUGCCAGCGCCAAGCUGGGAACCAGGGGCUACAUUUGUGGUGGCAGAGUGAGGGAAACGAGAACCAGCGACAUUUACUGCUUGGACCUUGAGUCAUGGACGUGGUCAGAAAUAGUGGCAGUGUCGAGUGUUCCAGUGGGCAGGUCGUGGCACUCGCUCACGGCAUCGUCUGAGAGCACCUUGUUUCUCUUUGGUGGUCUUAGUGCGGACUGCAAGCCCAUGAGUGAUGGCUGGCUGUUUGACAUGGACACAAAGACAUGGAGAGAAGUGGAGCACCCUUUUAAGAACAAGCCAAGGUUGUGGCACUCUGCGUGUCCUGGCAAAGACUCUGAUAUCAUUGUGUUUGGAGGCAGCUGUGAUUACAUCCUCCUUGUUGACACGGGUCACUGCAAUGAUGCCCUAGUGUUCCAGAUGGCGCCAUACCCGCUUUUCAGAAUUUGUGAGGACUACAUUGCAAAAAACGUUAGCACCUGUGAUGCUCUCCGACAGCAGCUCCCUCUCCUCCCUCCCAAACUGUGCACGGCGGUGAACAGGAGAAUAACAUUCUACAGGCCUUCAAAGAAAGUCAGUCACAGUCAACUCCUCUGAAUGCCAACAACAAUGUGUUUUAUUAGCCUUAAUCUUAUUUAAAUUACAUUCAUUUUAAAUAUUUAACUUCAAAGGUUGUUGGUUACAAUUUUUACCUUAUGUUUUUAAAUGCAUAUUGUAAAACAUUUAAAGAAUGUUGCAUUUAUGUUGGUGGUACAAAUGUAAAAAAAAAACGAAACAAAAAAACAUUAAAUGUUUUUGUACUAUCCACCUGCUUAAACUGUCAUUAUGAUGAUUAAAUGGCACAUAUGACCUU